UAAAUGAUUCCAACAGAACGGAAUGUGAUCUUCUAGUGUGUGUACGCGACACUUUAAGUCGGGCAUUAUUCUUUUAUCGUUUUUGACAUUUUAUUUAAUAAAUCAAAAAUCAUAAUACAUAAAAAACGUCUCGAAAUAAUGUUACCCGACAUUUUUUAUCUGUCAUGGUUCGACAUCUGCUCUUUUAUAUCGUUUUUGGCUGUAGCGCUAAGCGUGGUGGUACUGGCAAAAAAACAUCAACAUAAAAUUGAUUUGUUGGACAAAUCAUCACAGAAUUCGUUGUCAUCCAUCUCUUCUACAGUGCUGCCCCCAAGUCCUACAGAUUUAUGUAGUCAUGACGAAUACCACGAGGAUGAGGACAGUCUAUCAUUGGAUAAUCUCUUUCCAUGCGAUCAAACCGAGAUUUAUGCUUCAAAGAAAAUUAGUUACAUUAUUGAAGAAUUGGUGCAAACGGAAGCUAGCUAUGUGGACAAUCUCAAACUUGGUCUGAAAAACUAUGCUAAUAUUUAUACUCGUGACGAUCUACCAUAUACUCUGAAGGACACAAAAAUUGAUCUUUUGGGAAAUAUUGAAGAGAUUUUGUAUCUGCAUGAAAAGAUGAUUUUGCCUAUGAUGCUGCGGAAUCAAAGGGACUUAAAAAAGUUGUUUGAUGAUUUUUCGGAAUACUUUGAUAAAAAUAGUUUUUACUGCUACGUCACUUUUACCAUUAACAAAAAGACAUCGAUGGAACUACGCCAGGAUCAUCGAGAAUAUUUUAAGACACUCCAAACUGAAUUCAAUGACAAGCUAGGAAUUGAUAGCUUCUUGGUGCAACCCAUCCAAAGACUGACACGAUAUCCUUUAUUAUUACAGCAAUUGAUAUCGGAUUUUUAUAAAAAUGGCAUCAAUUGUAAGCCUGUGCUGAUGUCUUGUUGUAAGCUAGAAACUCGAAUGAGAAAUCACCUCGCGGUAGUAAACCAGUCGGAAGAAAUCAAAUCAAUCGAAGAACUUGAUGAGCUUAACAUUCUUCAACAGGGAUACUUCCGAAAAUCAAAUGAAUUUGAUGCUUACAAUCAUAAGUCUCGAAAAAAAUAUCGGUGUAAGGUGUUUCUAUUUGACAAAUGCUUACUUUGUACAGAAGUAAAGAAGAAGCGAUUGGCUUAUCGUUGCCAUUUUUCUUGGGACUCUAUUGAAGUUACAGUUAAUAAUUCUAAGUCCAUAGUUGUGACACAUAGGAUUAAAAAUAGACCAGAAUAUGAAUUUUAUGCGGCCGAGGCUUAUGUAAUUAAACAAUGGAUGCGGUGUAUUGGCCGAAUAAGUGUAUCUACAAGGGAACGGCUGGCAAUUGAAGGCAAUGUUACAAUUCCAAUGGAGGUGGUUUUAAUAAUUGGUAUAAUAAUAUGGAUUAUGUUUCGAUUACUCUAAGUAUAUGUAAUUAUUUAUUAUACAUUAUGUCAACUUGAUAAAAUAGAAAUAA